AUGCUUGCGACAUUCUCUAUCAUUGGAAGGCUACCACACGCCAUGGAGUUGUUCGAGGGGUUGAGAGAGUUGUUCGAGAGUUUGGAUCUGGAGCAGAAGCAGGCAUACUUGCUUGCGCUUCGCGGAUACACUGCCGCCACUCUCGUGCUCGAAGGCUGCCCGGGCACCGGUAAAUCUCACACUCUCCGCGCCAUCUGCGUCGCAAUGGUCCUCAUGGGCUAUCACGUCUUCGUCAGCGCCCAUUUCAACAAUGGCGUUGACGCGGUCUUCGAGAAGGUCGCCAAAUGGGCACGGAAGGUCGCCAAAUGGGCACGGAAGAACCGCCCGCAAUGGAUGGAGGAGGGCGUUUUGUGUCACGUGGGAGCCAGCACCGUCGAUGAAUCGCUCUUCAAGAGACUCAACCGUCACUGGGAAGACCCCAACGUCGAUGAAGACUACUCCGAUGGACUGAUCAGCUCUAUCUCCGCGUUCAACAUCCCCAAUUGCGCCGCGUACAAAUUUGCCAAGUAA